GCUCGAGAGAGACUGUCAGUGAGCGUGAGGAAGAAGGGCACAGGGAAGAUGGCGGCGUCCAUGAGACUCGGGCGCAGGGGCGUCUUCAUGGCUCUCAGAGCAAUAACACAGCACCCGUUAUCCACUCAGAGUCGAGUACUAGCGCAGAGCAAACCCCAGCGGACCGCGGGCUGGACCGGAGCCGCCUUCAGACACUUAUCCCGGUCGCCCUCAGUAUGUGCAGGGGUCGCUCCUCUGAAGGUGCAGAUGCCAGCGCUCUCGCCCACUAUGGAGGAGGGAAAUAUUGUCAAGUGGCUGAAGAAGGAAGGCGAUGAUGUGGCCGCUGGGGACGCUCUCUGUGAGAUCGAGACCGAUAAAGCUGUGGUGGUCAUGGAGUCCAGCGAGGACGGGGUCCUUGCUAAAAUACUGGUGCAGGAGGGCAGUCGAGGUGUGCGUCUGGGCACUCUCAUCGCUCUGAUGGCCGCUGAAGGUGAAGACUGGAAACAGGUGGAGAUUCCAGCGCCGGAGCCCGUCACACCUGCUGUAGCUCCGCCCACACCUGCAGCUCCGCCCACUGCUGCUGGCUCCGCCCCUCCUCUGGCUCCGGUCGCCUCAGUGCUCAGACAGUUACGCUUGAGUCCUGCUGCGAGACACAUUUUGGACACUCACGGUUUGGACCCUCAUCUGGCCAAAGCUACAGGACCACGCGGCCUCAUCACUAAAGAAGACGCAGUGAAAUUGUUGAACGAGUCUCAGAAAGGGCAUCCAGCAGCUGUUCCUCCUCCCGUCCCGCUCGCAGUGCCUCCUCCGGCCACGGGACGCCCCACACACACACCCGUCUCUGUGCCCGGCAGACCUGCAGCGCCGGGCAGGUUCACAGACGUGACGGCCUCUAACGUGAGGAGAGUCAUCGCUCAGAGGCUAACUCAGUCCAAGAGCAGUAUCCCACACGCCUACGCUUCAGUGGACUGUGACCUCGCUGCCGUCCUCCAGCUCAGGAGAAAGCUGGCCACAGAGAACAUCAAGGUGUCGGUCAAUGACUUCAUCAUCAAAGCCGUGGCCGUCUCACUCAGAGAGAUGCCCGAGGUGAACGUGGUGUGGUCUUCUGAGGGCCCUCAGCCUCUCGGCUCCAUCCACAUCUGCGUCGCCGUGGCAACCGCGCGGGGCCUCAUGACCCCCAUCAUCAGAGACGCUGCUGAUAAAGGGCUGGCGGAGAUCGCUAACACCGCUAAGGCUCUGGCACAGAAGGCACGGGACGGGAAGCUGUUACCGGAGGAGUAUCAGGGGGGAUCGUUCAGCAUCUCUAACCUGGGCAUGUUCGGCAUCAGUGAGUUCAGCGCGGUCAUCAAUCCUCCUCAGGCCUGCAUCCUGGCGGUGGGCGGCUCGCGGGCUACGCUCCAGCUGCGCGACGGGCUAACGCUACACACACAGCAGCUCAUGACCGUCACGCUUUCCAGCGACGCGCGCCUGGUGGACGACGAACUGGCCUCGCGGUUCCUGGAGAGGUUCCGCUCGCACCUCGAGAGCCCUCAGCGUGCCGGUCUGCUCUGAAGAGGACUCUGAUGAUGUUUAUUCACGGAGAUGUACAGACACGUGUACAGAGAGAAACACUUCUAGGUCAAUUAAUAAUGUUGUUCGUGGCGCGUCUCCUGCCGUCAAUACACUGAAUGCUUUCGGCUAUUGUGACAUGCUGUGCCUCAGUAGAGGAGCCUUCAGCAAAUCCACUGAUGAUCAAAUCCCAAUGUUUAACAUACAGACAAUAUCUGUCAACUUAACGUAAGUAUUAAAUCAUGUCAGGAACCCGUCUGUUUUUGGGGAUUAUUCAAUAAUCCAAUAAACUCCUGUCUUCUGCUGUACUGG